UUCUACUUGUGUACCUUCGUUCCUUUUUUUCUCCAUUCACUUCCGUAGUCUCUCCUUCACCAUGCGCCUUUCCCUACUUGCUUUGGCUUCAGUAGCCUUGGCUGCUCGCCCAUUCCUCGAUGAACCUGAUACUGGCAUCGAGGAGCAACUCGGAGAGAUUGUUGCCAACGGUACUCUUGCACCUCUCAAGUCCCUUGUCGGUCUCCCAGAUUUCCAAUGGUCUGCACGCCAGUUCAUGAAUGCCUCUUCGUACACGUAUUAUCGCAACGGUGCUGCUGGCGAAUGGUCUUACCGAAACAACCUUGAGGUGUUCAUGCGCUUCAAGCUCCGACCCCGCGUAUUGAAGGAUGUCACCAAGAUUCAAGACUCGAUCCCCACGACGAUUUUGGGCCAUAACUUCUCUGCCCCCUUCUUCAUCGCGCCUUGCGCUCGCGGAGGGUAUGCUCACCCUGAUGGUGAAGUCAAUUUCGUCAAGGGCGCCGCUGCUGGCGACAUCUUGUACAUGGCUUCAUUGUACUCCUCCAGGUCCAUGGACGACAUCACCGCAGCAAAGGGCAACAGCUCCCAGGUGCUUUUCCAACAGGUCUAUCUCACCGAGAAUAUGACCGAGACCCAACAAUUGUUCCGCAAGAUCGAAGCUGCAGGCUCGAAGGCUAUCGUCUUGACCGUCGACGGACCUGGUACCGGCAUCCGGCACCGUGCAGCACGCUUCGGUGUUGGAUCCGCAAACAUUGACCUCAACCUUCUCACAUGGGAGAAGUACCACACUCUUUCCAACAUGACUUCUCUUCCCAUUAUCCCCAAGGGAAUCCAGACCGUCGAUGAUGCACGCGAAGCCGUUGCCAACGGAGUGAAGGCCAUUUACCUAUCCAACCACGGCGGUCGUCAACUCGACGGAGCUCCAUCGUCUCUCGAGGUAGCACUCGAGAUCCACCAGAACGAACCCGAUAUCUUCAAGCAGGUCGAGGUCUAUGCUGAUGGUGGCGUUCGAUAUGGUUCCGAUGUGCUCAAGCUCCUUUCUCUCGGUGUCCGUGCGGUUGGUGUUGGCCGUCCUUACAUGUUCAGUAACAUCUACGGAGAGGAAGGCGUCAAGAGGGUUACCGAGAUGCUCAAGUUCGAGCUCAUCAACGAUGCAGCGAACGGUGGUAUCGGAGAUCUCAAGAAGAUCGGUCCUGAGUGGGUUGACUGGAGGGCGUUGAACGGAUGGUACAGCUAG